CCGCAACUUCAUUUUCAGUAAUAGUCUGGCGAGAACAGACGAGAGGGACCGAACGGAGGCGAAAACCGUGUGCGAAGAAACAACUCGUGGCGGCGGCGGGUGCCUGCGUUUCUGAAUAGGUGUCGGUUUCAAAUGAUAUCAAAGCAAUAAGUUUGACUUUGCACAGGCGGAUGGGUGACUACCGCUCUCGGCGGCGCUUUGUGAGGAGGAGAUGAUGAAGAAAUUCAGCAACAGUCCCCUUCACAACAACCAGACUCCAAACCACAUUAGAGAUCGGAACAACAAAAAGUUCGGUUUUCUCUCGGUGGUUCCGUUGCCUUUUUCCCUGAGAGGUUAUGGUUUCUGCAUGGCUACACUUUUCCUCUUCUGUUUUGGGUCUCUGUUUUACCAAUUGAAUGGAGGACCCCCCAAUAUUCUACUGGACAUCCGACAGUAUCUCGGAGAAUCCACGUAUCUCGAUGACCACGGACCCCCAGCUCCCAGGGUGCUGCCGUUCCCCAGUCAGGUGGUGUAUAACCGUGUGGGGAAGUGUGGCAGCAGGACAGUGGUCAUCCUACUGAGGUUACUGGCAGAGAGACAUCAGUUCAACCUUAUCUCCUCAGACAUCCACAACAAGACACGCCUCACCAAACAUGAACAGGUGGACCUUAUGAGGAACAUCAGCAACAUCCCUCAGCCCUUCCUGUACACCAGACAUGUCCACUUCCUCAACUUCACCAGGUUCAGGAUAGAGCAGCCCGUCUACAUCAACAUCAUACGGGACCCCAUUAACCGUUUCCUCUCCAACUACUUCUUCCGACGUUUCGGGGACUGGAGGGGUGAGCAGAACCACCUCAUCCGAACGCCAGGGAUGAAGGAUGAUGAGAGAUACCUGGACAUCAACGUCUGCAUCCUGGAGAAUUACCCAGAAUGCUCCAACCCCAGACUCUUCUACAUCAUCCCGUAUUUCUGUGGACAGCACCCACAGUGCCGAGAGCCGGGAGUAUGGGCUCUGGAGAGGGCCAAACAGAACGUUCUAGAAAACUUUCUUAUCGUGGGGAUCCUAGAGGAGCUGGAAGAUGUGCUGCUCCUUCUAGAGAGACUGUUACCUCAUUACUUUACUGACGUACUCAACAUCUACAAGAGCCCAGACUACAGGAAGAUGGGGAACAUGACUGGCACGGUGCGUAAACACACACCCACUCUGGAAGCCCUUCAGGUGCUAUACCACCACAUGCGCUACGAGUACGACUUCUACAACUUCAUCCGAGACCAGUUCCACCUGAUGAAGAAGAAGAUUGGCCUAAAGUCGGUCUCCCGACCCACUGCCCACCAGGCCUCCCUCCUAAGAGAGCUGGCCCUCCAAACUCCAGAGCCCCUGGACGAAGACGAGGAGCUGGAGACCGACCUUGAGGACGCCAACAGCUGGUUCGUCCAGCCCUGACCGUUCCCGUGGCGACUGAAGACUUUACCAGCGGCUGGUUGGCUGGAGGUGGCGUGAGAAGGGGGCAGGGAAUAUGCCCUGUCUGUCAGCAUUCCCAGGAGGACGAUUGGUUGGGGGUGUGUGGAUCCUGAUGCCCGUGUUUUUACGGGCUCCAUUUUCCGUUUGGCUCGGACUCUCUGCUCACGGCUGAGGACCUUGGGAGUGGGCGGAUGGAUGGAUGGACGAACUGCCAUAUUUAAAGAUUGACUAGAAUAAUGGAAAAUAUUUGUAUCUUUAAAAAGCUAACUUUGGUUGCUUUAAGGUUUUAUUUUUUGUUUUGUUUUGUUGGUUUGAGGCCAUCCUGUUGGGGGUAUCUCCGGGUGAGAUAAGACGAGAGAUUUGGACCUAUGAACUCAUUAGGAAAUGUUUUCAAUGUUGAGGGAAGGGCUGCAUCUUUGGUUCAGGAGAAAUUCAAAGACACCAACAAAGGUGCUGGGAAGAUGGGGGGGAUGGGGUGAAGGAUUGGGGUAAGGUGUGAGAGGGUGAAGAGGGGUGGAAGAGAGGAUGAUGAAAUUGGAGGAGUUGUGUGUAACAGGUCUAUUGUUAGUGCUUGACCACUCCGUCUUUUCCCCUUAUUUUCUCUCUCUCCCCCACACUCUGCCUGUUUUAAGGGCCCUGUUUUUAAAGUGUGAUUAAAAGUGCCAAACUGUUUAAUGCUGUUUCAUAGUCAUAGACUUCUCUAAGUGCCAAACCUAACCAAGUGGGGUCAGACUAUGGUGGGGUCAGACUUCCUAUAAAAACCCUGUUUAGGAGGAUCCACUGCUCACAGUGGGGGGGUGACGUGGUUUAGCUCAAGUGUGACAGUGUCUAUGCAUAACACAAUCGGUUUACUUUGCUUAACAGAUGUCGAAAUGAUUUAAGAUCGUCAAAUGGCAAGAAGAGCACCCAACUAUGAAUUCAGAGAAUUCCAAAUGUGUGUCUACGAUUGGAUUUGACAUUUGUCAAACUGACAAUGUAUGAAGAUGGGUUGAGUAUUUUGGGACAUAACUUGGGAAAUAUUGAGAAAAUAUGAUGUUGAUUGGUGAAAAUGUAUGUUUGUCCUCAAAUGUUGAUGUCUCCAUAAGACAGAGCAUUGAUGUUUGACAUCCUACAACAACAAAAAACACUCAAAUGAAAAAAUGGUUUAAAAGAUCGAGCUGAGGGAUGAAAUUUUUUUAAUCCAAAGCUUUACCUGAACUCACCAAAUGAAAUGACUAUUUGUUUAGUCUUAACACACUGCACUUAAUCUUAUUUGAGGUUGUUCAACUUCGGAUUGUUGGUUACAGUAAUGUCUACAACUUUGUUUUCUCUGUUUCCAAACUCUCUCCUGACUCUCAGGUCUACAGGAUUUCAUAGUGCAGCCAUGGUGUUACACUUUGGCCAUUUUAAAUAACACAACACCCAGAGAAUAAAAUGGCCACAACAACAAGCUAUUACCUGGUAUUAGUACCUAUGCCAGUCUAAUAUACAGAUUAUGUGUGUAGGCCUAUGUAGUCGUUGUCAUUGUCUUCUGUGUGGAUUUUCUUUUUGACAGUUUAAUUUAUUAUUAUUAUGUAUUCAUUUGCAUUCCAGAUAAGAUUCUCAGGAAAAAAAAAAGGUUUCUUACAAAGUUGAAAUAAUUUGUACUUUUAGGAUUCUUACAACUAUCAAGUUAUUCAUACUAUCUAAAGAUGAGUCAAAUGUCCAAAAUAAAAUAUGAACAGCUUAAAGAAAUGGCAGAACUGUUUUACAAUGAAUGGAAUCCAUUAAUUUCAAUCUCCUCAGACCGUUUUCAAAAUAAAAACCUAAUAAUUGCA